CCCACCGCGCGCAGGCGGCGACAUGCACGUGAACGGCAAAGUGGCGCUGGUGACCGGCGCGGCCCAGGGCAUCGGCCGAGCCUUCGCCGAGGCGCUGCUGCUCAAGGGCGCCAAGGUAGCGCUUGUCGAUUGGAAUCGUGAAGCAGGUUUAAAGUGUAAAGCUGCCCUGGAUGAGCAGUUUGAACCUCAGAAGACUCUCUUCAUCCAGUGCGAUGUGGCCGAUCAGGAACAACUAAGAGAUACUUUUAGGAAAGUUGUAGACCACUUUGGAAAACUGGACAUUUUGGUGAAUAAUGCUGGAGUGAAUAAUGAGAAAAACUGGGAAAAAACUCUGCAAAUUAAUUUGGUUUCUGUCAUCAGUGGAACCUACCUGGGUUUGGAUUACAUGAGCAAGCAAAAUGGAGGUGAAGGUGGCACCAUUAUUAAUAUGUCCUCUUUAGCAGGGCUGAUGCCUGUUGCACAACAGCCUGUUUAUUGUGCUUCCAAACAUGGCGUAAUUGGAUUCACACGCUCGGCAGCGAUGGCUGCUAAUCUCAUGAACAGUGGUGUGAGACUGAAUGCCAUUUGCCCAGGCUUUGUUAAUACACCCAUCCUCAAAUCCAUUGAAAAAGAAGAAAACAUGGGACAAUAUAUAGAAUACGCGGAUCAUAUCAAGGAUAUGAUGAAAUACUAUGGAAUUUUGGACCCAUCAAUGAUUGCCACUGGAUUAAUAACACUCAUUGAAGAUGACGCUUUGAAUGGGGCUAUAAUGAAGAUCACAACUGCUAAGGGAAUUCAUUUUCAAGAUUAUGAUACAACCCCAUUUCACACGAAAGCUCAGUGAACAUCUUAUGUGUCAGCUUUAACUGAAAAUAAGCACAAAUGACUUAGACCACAUUUUCAUUUGAAUACAGCUUUUUCAAUGAAAUGUUAUCGUUUGAAGCUUUCCUUUCAUGCACCUGAUGUUCAUUUUUUCUAAAUCAUUAGUUAAGUAUAUAGAUUUAAAAAAUGAGGAACUAUCAAAAAUAUGACGUGGACCAAAGCUAGGUUUUGACCUUUACAGUCUAAGUAAUGAUUAAAACAAAGGAUAUUCCAGGAAUAUUCUGCCUUGCAGAAAAUAUAUUUAAAUUUGUGAUUCAUAAAUGUUAAUGUUUUUCAGAACAUCAUUUUAAAGGAGAUACUUGAAUUGUUAUUUAUAUCAAACCAGAUGUGAAAAACUCAUUUUGUUUCUAUGUUCGCACUUUAAAAGAAGGAAGCUACCUACAAUGGCAAAUAUUUAGUAACAAUAACUUUUACUUAUAUACCAUCUUUCAGCCGAAUAUUUCAGCUCUUUGAGGAUGCGGCACCUUUGGGGGCCCGUAGGUAAGGAAUAAAUUACAGUGUGAAUAUAUCCUAAAUGAAAAAUCUAAUGUAUGGAAAAGUGACAGAAAUUAACUGGCUGAGAUGUUAAUCCACAGUUCAGCCUCCCAUCUGGGGAAAACAUUUCUUUCCUCUCUGCUUACUUUAAGAAUUUUGACUACAAAAAUCUCAGGAAUUAAACUCUUAAUAGUUAUAGCAAAAAGGAUAGUUAGUGCUCCUAAAACAUGCUUGUUAAGAAAAAAAUACAAAUGUAAUUUUUUUCAGAUUACUUCUUUGUUUAUUUGUACCAAUUUCAAAAAUGCCUACUUUUCAAUAAAACUUUUUUUUUCCUAAUCUUCAGAAGUUACUUAGUCUUCUAUGUAUAGCUACUGAGAGAAAGAAACCAAUUUUGUCAACACCUCAACUGAAGAUGCUUUUGUGUUUUCAAAGCUGUAAUAACAAGAGGUAAAAAUAGGUGUGAUGUUUUGCCAUUUUCCCUGUCAGGUAUUUUAAGAUAGGAUCAUUCAAUGCACCUGCUUUGGGUAAGGCUAUUUGCAAGCAAUAAUUAAUGCUAAUAAUAGUGAAAGCACAAGAUUUCCAAAUCAAUCAUUUCUUCAUAGAAAUACUGCAGAAGUAACACAUUCCGCCUGCUAACUCCAAAGCUCCCAGGUGGGAGCAAAAUCCACCCAUGUGAGAUUAAUAAGGAUUUCCUAGCGAUAUUGGCAGGUUGUCAGAUCUUGCUCUGUUUUAAUUCUGCCACAGAGAACUGUUGCCUUCACUUCCAAGGAGUGCAUUGAAUAGGAGUGACUGUUUUCUAGAUGUCCACAUAACGUCUUUGAAAAACACCAAGUAGUGAACAUCUAAGAGAAGUUGUAAAAUUAGGCACAAACUUGUUCAUACCUUGUGGCAGUAACUAACCAGUCGAUGAUACAGGUAUGAGGAAUAUCAUUUAUCUCAACUCUUUUUUCCACGGUAAUGUUCAAAGCUAUAGCUUAAACUUUGCAUUUGUGGAUAAGUCUUUGCACUGCCGGCCUUCAAUAUACUUUGUGCUUUGAAUUAUUGUUUUUAAAUCAAUAAACUAUGCAGACAUUUAAAA